AUGCCAUCCUCUCUCGUCGAGCAGUAUGAGAGUCUCUUGCUUUCCAACCUUUCCGCGAUUCAGUCGAUCGAAUCGGGUCUUAGGAACGUUACUUGGUUCUUACCGGGUCGAUUCGAAGACGCCGAAGUGGCCAGCGAAGGAUUGUACGCCCUUUUGAACAUCGUCUCGGGCUACCAUGACACUCUCCUCUCAAAGCAUCUGGAUCCUUCGUUGUCCCACCCACCGCAUCCGUUCGAAGAGCGCCCACCAGUCGAGCAUACCACCACAGCUCAAACGUCCCCUGUACCCGUUGCGUCGACUUCGAGACCUCCACGAAUCGCCCCUGUCCUGCCUCCACUUUCUGAUCAUUCGAGAUAUACUCGUUAUUGGACUGGAAACUCUCCGACGUACCGCAAAGCGUCCCGAAUACUAGUGACGAUCCAGUACGUCCAGCUUCUCGUCGAGAUGUUGUCAAAGAAGAGGUCGGACAGACGGCGAUGGAGAGUCUUACUCGGACUCGAGAGCGUCAAAAUGUUGCUGAAGCUCAUCAUCAUGGGGAUCACCAAACGACCAGUCUUGGCGACCCCUGCACCCAUGAGAGAGUAUGAUAUAUUCUCAUUGCCUGAAUCCGUCCUCAGAAAAUCAGGCUCGUCCUCGGGAGCGACCGCUUUGAACUUUGCGAACAGUCCCUCCAGCAAUGUCAGCAAUGUCCCGGCCGUUUCUCAACUUCCACCUCAUGCUCCAUUACGAUCGCACCUUUUACAUCUCUCCUCAUCCCUACCCGAGUCGCACUUGCCUGAUCCUUCGAGCCUGGUACCAAGCUUUGACUCGGCUGGAUAUUUAACAUCAGAGUUGAUCCAAGUAUCUCUGGUAUGGGUCCAUAUGGCUCUCCUGAUGCGAGCCUCGCGACAAACACAGUAUCGUCCAUCUUCACUUCCUAGCCUAUCGUCAUGGACGACGCCGUAUCUUAUCCCCCUGCUUCUCGCCCUCCUGGCCCGUCGACUCCGACUCAAACCUACGGAUUCUGCAUUGGAGCAGCCCUCGCUGCUCUUGGCAGAGCACUACGCUCAGCAGGACAGACGUCUGGCUAUGCGGGCGUUGCUCACUGGGCCAGUAUGGAUCGGCUGGACACGACCAAAGAUCAUGCGUGUGGUCAGUGCUGUGGAACGAAUCCCGGUGAUCGGCAUGGUUGGUGGAUUGAUGGAGGGGUACUUGAGCAUGGUGGAUGAUUACCUUUUUUAUACUUCGACAUGA